CCGCCGCCGCCGCGCGUCCGCCACCGCCCGGGGCUCCGGGUGCGGUCGGCGCUGAUCGAGCCGGACGGGGGGCUGGCGGAGCUGGUGGUGGAGGAGCCGCUGCGGCGGGCGCGGGCGCGGGAGAGCCUGGAGCUGCCGCGGGUGAAGCUGUCGCGGAUCGACCUCGAGUGGGUCCACGUGCUGAGCGAGGGGUGGGCCAGCCCGCUCCGCGGGUUCAUGCGCGAGUCCGAGUUCCUCCAAACUCUUCAUUUCAACGCCCUCCGUCUCGACGACGGUUCGGUCGUGAACAUGUCCGUGCCGAUCGUGCUGGCCGUCGACGACGCCGACCGGCACCGCAUCGGCGAGUCCCGGAAGGUCGCUCUCUUCGACGCCGACGACAACCCCGUCGCCAUCCUCAGCGACAUUGAGAUAUACAAGCACCCUAAAGAAGAACGGAUUGCGAGGACAUGGGGAACCACUGCGUCGGGUCUGCCAUAUGUCGAAGAAGCCAUAACCAAUGCAGGGAACUGGUUGAUUGGGGGCGACUUAGAGGUGUUGGAACCGAUCAAGUACAAUGAUGGUCUAGAUCGAUUCCGACUCUCACCCGCAGCUCUCCGCGAGGAAUUCACUCGGCGGAAUGCAGAUGCGGUGUUUGCUUUCCAGCUAAGGAACCCAGUCCACAAUGGGCAUGCCCUAUUGAUGACUGACACACGCCGUCGGCUUCUUGAGAUGGGCUACAAGAAUCCCAUCCUUCUUCUUCAUCCCCUGGGAGGCUUCACAAAGGCUGAUGAUGUUCCCCUUAGCUGGCGAAUGAAGCAACAUGAGAAGGUGCUUGAGGAUGGUGUUCUUGAUCCUGAGACAACUGUUGUCUCAAUAUUCCCUUCCCCGAUGCACUAUGCUGGCCCAACUGAGGUGCAGUGGCACGCAAAGGCUAGGAUCAAUGCUGGGGCUAACUUCUAUAUUGUCGGUCGAGACCCGGCUGGUAUGGGCCAUCCACUUGAGAAACGAGACUUGUAUGAUGCUGACCAUGGGAAGAAGGUGUUGAGCAUGGCUCCUGGACUGGAGAGGCUAAACAUUCUCCCAUUUAAGGUUGCUGCUUAUGACAAAACACAAGGGAAAAUGGCCUUUUUUGAUCCUUCUAGGCCCCAAGAUUUCCUCUUCAUUUCAGGCACCAAGAUGCGAACACUCGCGAAGAACAAAGAGAACCCUCCUGAUGGCUUCAUGUGCCCCGGUGGGUGGGAAGUGUUGGUCGACUACUAUGACAGCCUGGCACCUGCAGACAACGGCAAAGUCCCCGAAGCUGUUCCAGCUUAAGACACG